GCAUCAACACUCAGAUCCCAACACCUUAUCCGUAUAUCUUCUCAUUCCGCAUACUACAUCAAUGUCUCUCUGCCAGAACAAAGACUCAUGCUUCACCCAAGUGCACAUGCACCGCUCUGGUGACGCCGAUCUCUUCGAGGACUUUUGCAAGGACAAACUCCCCGACGAUGAGAUCUACGUCCCGCCUCAGCACCGUCCCAUCAACCCAGAGGACGAGGACGAUGUUGUUCCUGAUCAGCACGCAGCCUUUGGAAUCCAGCGCGCGACGCAGCGUGUCAAGGAGCCCGCGUGGAAGGAUCUGGGCCUGUCGGAUCUGAUGAGAAAGGGCCCCGGGCGAGAGAGCAAGGCCGCUGGGCCAAGCAAAGCGCCAAAGGGACUGCCGCGGUAAAUGGACUUGACCCGGUGGAAUUAUGAGGAAUGCGCGGGCUGCGAAGCUCUAUGAUGAAGGCUGGGAAUUGGCACGGCGUUACGGUAACUAAACAUCAACUUUGACUAUCGGGCAUUGAAUGAUAAAUGAUUUUCAUCGCACAUUUCUUCUACAUCGUUGAUAUGUAAACAUCAAAUUUGCCCACAGCUUGAAAUAGCCCUGAACCGGCAUAUCCAUCAAACGGACGAUUGCUGACUUGAACCCUCAACUCCAAUAACUCCAUC